AAUUUUGUAAACUCAACCACUUUUUCAAUCUGUACAGAACAAGAAAAAAACGUAAAAAAGAUUCGGAGUUAUCUACCCCCAUCAUCCUUUGCACUUCUUGGUAAUCUUAUUAAAUAUCAUGUUAAGGAUAAGCAGUUACUUAUUCACCAUUCUCCAGAAUAUGAAAAAAAACAUUAUCAAUGGACUUUUGAGUUCAUUAAUGAAAUGGCAGACAUAUAUCCUAGUGAACUUGAGCGUUCUAAAAAAUUUAAAGAAAAAUUUCAACAAUUAUUUGGCGAAGAAUUAAAAAUAAUUUGUCUAGAUGAUGAAUCUUCAAAUGAUGGUAUAUUGGAAUAUAAUUUCUAUUCAUUUAGUGUAUUACGCCUACUUGCUGAGAUAAAAAAUGAAAUUGGCACUGCUGGACCUUGGGUGUGUAUUUUAGGAGCUGUGUAUAUUGAGAAACCUAUCGUAGAUUUCUUAACAGACUUCAUACCUCUCAUUCCUACAAAUAUUCGAAAUCACACAGAGCGAGUGGCACAACUAUUCAAAGCUUUAUGUUUGGGGGUUAAUAGACUAAAGGAGUAUUAUGGAUCGAUAGCAAAUCUACAAAAUUCACAACAGUUUUUUCCUUAUCCGAAUCAAUACAAACGACAGAAUACAACUAUAGAAUUUACAUAUGAAAAAAAGCUU